GAGCUGGCAAGCUUGAACAGCGAGCAUGCCAAGGAGAACAUUGCCCCCAAGCAGUCGAUCUGCAUUCAAAGCAAGGUGCAGGUGACCGACUUUCCCAUCCGGGUGACUUUCCAAGACGGCCAAGUGUUGGAGCUGAAGGCGAGCCCAUGCCGAAAUGCUGCGAGCCUCCUCCUGCAGCUCCUGCCCUGGAAGAGGAGCCAUCCAUUUCCCAAGAACUUCGCGCUGCUGUUGCCCGAUGGCCGUGCCUUGGAUUUUGACCAGCCGCUGCAGGUGCAGGGCGUGCACAGCGGCAUCGAGCUGCGCGUGGGCGAGGCACCUUUGGAGGAUACCUCCGAGAAGGAGGACCUGCGUGAUCUCGGUGAGGAGGCGUUUGCCAGGGAGGUGGAGAUGGGAUGGAACUUGAUCUACUGGCCACUGUGCGUCGCGCAAACCGCCUUCGCGGAGGUGCUCGCUGCGCUGAAGAGGCACAAGGAGGUGGUGGUUCUGGGGUGGCAGGCGUGCCACGACUUGCAGGUCAUGCAGUUGGCGCGAGAGCUCUGCCACAACGUGAGUAGCGACUACUUCAUCGCCACCGGCACCGAAGAUCCUCCAGAGGCGUGGUGGCUCUCCUCCAAAGAGGAGGCAGCGUUGGCGUCGGCGGCCGCAACAAAGCAGUUCUCCUUGCGAGGCUCGUCAGCCAGCGGCUCGCUACCCAAGACAUCAGUCCUGAAGUUGCCCCACCUGGCCCCACCGGACCAGCUGGGUCCUGCCAUACUGAAAGGCCUGAGAGCCGCCGGCUGUGGCGACUCGCUGGCACUCCUGGUGGUUGGCCGGGCGUUCCAAUCCCGGCGGCCCGUGUCGGUCUUGAACUGGUCCUUGCGCCAGGAGGAGUUUACCCACCUUCGGCUCAGCGUCCUUCCCUAUUCCUGGGACCCGCGCUUCGUCUACAGGGAGGAUUGCCGUCAGCGCCCCGAUGACGUUCUCCUCGAGGCCCAGCUUCUCACAGAGAUGAACCCAUCGGUCUGGCUGGAGGAGGAGGGCCAAGAAGCCGAGAUCGGCUUGAGCCGGCUGCUCGCCGCUCAUCCCCAGCCGGAGCGGCCCCAUUGGCACAAGGGCUUCUACAGCAAGCCCUUCAAGGACCAUGUCAAGCGGGCGCGCGAGGGCCUUCCCGGAGCCGGCCACUGCGAGUGGCAUCGCUGGCAGAGGUCUACACCGCUCUCCGAAGCCUCGCGCGUGGCCGCCGCAAUGGCAGCCAAUCCCCCGAGGCCUGCCGCCCCUGAGGAGGAGGAGGAGGACGAGGAACCACCGCCGCUGGUGAGCCACGAAUGA